CAUCCUGGACUGCGCGAUACAGGGUUGAAAUGAGUUAGUAGGUACUCAAGUGAAUCCAACGCUACGGGGAGGAAGAGUAAGAAAAGCCGCUAAACUUGUAGACUGGAAGAUAGGAGAAAGCCGUGAGACUUGUGGAGUGAAAACUUGAGUCCUGGUAUGAGCGGAACAGCAGUAGUACUACAUGCUCAGGUGUACAUAAAACCAGUAUCUCCAUAUAUAGAUGAUGACCCUCCCACGAGUCUUCUCCUCCUUCGCUCAAGGCAACUGUACCAGUGUCGAAAAUGGCACGCUUCAAGACAUCAGCGCGUCUUCUUGGACUCGCCUUCAUUGCUUUGCAGGGCGCUCUGGCGGCGAAAGCCCCGGACAUCACCCACCAGUCCCCGGAGAACGCACCGCCUAUUCCCUAUCUCAACCUCAUGGCCUUGUUCACCAUGCCUCAGAAUGUCAGCCACGAAUCAUCCGAAGAGUCAAGUCUCCUGCCCAACCUCUUCGACAAGAGACAGCGCGAAGAGGAUGGGAACGGAGGCCUUUUGUGCAGGAACGGCCCUUGCCCCGACGGAAGGUAAGUUCUCACGCUUCACUCCUUGUAGAGGCAAGGAGGCCUUGGAAAGAACGGAAUGCUCACUGUGUUAGUUGCUGCGGCCCUGCAGGAGUAUGUGGCUACGGUGAAGACUUUUGCGGUGUCGGCUGCACCAGCAACUGUGAUGCUUUAGCCAUGUGUGGAAACUUUUCCGAAGGAGGAAACACAAAGUGCGGCAUGAAUCUGUGCUGCAGUUGGGGUGGAUGGUGUGGAACAUCCGAGGUUCACUGCAUCGGGCCAAACAAGUUCACACCGUGCCAGGAAGGCUUUGGCUCUUGCGAGAUCAUCCGACCAAAGACAUGUGGUGAGGGCUCUGGAUCGACUAAGGGCCGGACCAUUGGGUAUUACCUGGCCUCCAAUAGCAGAGACCGUCUGUGCAACCGCGUCUUUCCCAAGGAUAUCAAUGCUGAGGACUACACCCAUCUGUUCUUCUCCUUUGCGUCCAUCGACCCCAAUACCUUCAGGAUCCGGCCCUGGGAUGAUGCCGACAUUCCACUGAUGGAGGACUUUACGGCUCUCAACACAAACACUUGGAUCGCCGUUGGCGGCUACACGUUUAGCAACAACGGUACGACACACACGACUUGGAGUGAUUUGUGUUCCACCGCUGAGAAUAGGGCCGCCUUCAUUCAAUCGACUGCCGACUUCAUGGACAAGUACGGCUUCACGGGAGUCGACCUGGACUGGGAGUACCCCGUGGAGCCGAAGCGAGGAGGCUCCAAGGGGGACACUGAAAACUUCACAAAGCUCGUCAGGGAGAUGAGAGAGGCUUACGGAAACAAGUACGGCAUCAGUUUGACUCUUGCGCCAGACUAUUGGUACCUUCGAUACUUUGACGCAGAGGGAAUGCAGCCAUAUGUCGACUUCUUCGGCUUCAUGGCGUACGAUCUGCAUGGAUCUUGGGACUCUGAUGUCCUGACUUUGGGAUCUCUGGUGCGCGGCCAGGCAGAUGUGCGCGAGAUUUACAAUGGUGAGAACACCUUGCCCCUCUGGUAUGCAAACCUAGAUCCGGCCAAGAUAAAUUUUGGCCUCGCGUGGUACGGAAGAGGAUACACGUUGUCAGACCCCAGUUGCAACACACUCGGGUGUCCCUUUGCAGGCCCCAGCAAGCGGGCCGAGUGCACUGGCCAGGAUGGAGUUAUGUCACUACUUGAGAUCAAGAAGCUUAUCAAGGAAAAGAACCUUACGCCGCGCCUCAACACCGACUCGAUGAUGAAAGAGCUCAUCUGGGACGAUCAGUGGAUCGGCUACGACGACGAGGAGACACAUGAGAUGAAGCGCAAUUUUGCCAACAACCUAUGCUUCGGAGGCACUAUGGCAUGGUCCGUCGACUUCAACUCGGGCACUGGUGACGGUGACAGCGCCCCAAUUUCUACCGAUGGACGAU